GUGCCAAAUAAAAAUAAUGCUAUGCUUGCUGUGGUACAAGGUUCAUUGGGCCUACUGGCACCAUCAAUUCAUACAUUGAAUACGUAUCCUACACAGUAUAAGCUCUGCUGCACUUGGUCCAAACGCUACAAUUAAGACUCACCUGACAACAGCACCGUCGCCUUACUCUCUCAUCUCGUUCACACGCCGUGCACCCCGACCGAGUCUAGAACUCCCUGACGUUCAAACUGAAUGUCUUCUCGGACCAACAAGCUUGUGCCAGAAAAACUUGUCAUCAAGGUCAAUCACGACAAGCAAGUGCUGGCCAUUGCAUUUCUCUUCAAAGACCAACACUUCAUCGUCUGUCUUCACGGCGGUUGUCUCCAAGUCAGAGAAGCAAAAACUGGCAAACUUCUGGGUGAUCCUUGGCAGGAUAUAGAGGGAAGCCAAAUUUGUGCAAUCGACGUAUCACCAGAUGGUGGGCGCGUCGCGACUGGCAGCAAAGAUGGCAAAAUACGAGUGUGGAAGUGGAAUGGAAAAACCGCGAAGAUAAUUGCCGAAUCAAAGAAGCACAGUCAUGGUACCGCAGCAAAUUGCGUAUGCUGGAGUCGACAUGAUGGUGGUGCUUACAUCGCUAGUGGCUUUGACGAUGGCAGCGUAGCAGUCUGGCCAGUAUCAUCGGGGCUAAAGAAUCCCACGAGUACUGAUGACACCCGCCUCCGACACAUACACGCAAUCAGCUACUCACAUGACGGCACACAACUCCUCGUGAGCGGUUACGACCGCGAAAUCUCGAGAUUGACGAUCAACGAAAGAGCGCAGGAGAUUCAGCUUGAUGAAGUCAUCAAAAUUUGCAACAAUCCCAACCAUGUAUCAAGUGCAACAUGGGCUAUGACUACAGAUGGGCAUGCGAUCGUCACCGGCCUAACAGACGGGAAGAUUACGAUACUUGAACUUCCGGAAGGUCAACCGUUAGAGCUUGAGGGACCAGGUCACUCCGACCUUGUCUGCGCCGUCGUUCUGUCACUUCCAAACAAACGUGUACUUGCAAGCGCCUCUUAUGACCAUACUCUCCUCUUUUGGGAUCUCGGUACCAAGCGAACAAUUUGUCAACCACUCCUGCACUCCGCAGAUGUGACAUGUGCAGCAUUCGCAACCAAUGGGACCUUAGUAGCUACUGGUACUUGCGAUGGAGAAGUUUACCUUUGGGAUGUGGCAGACUUUCUCUCUAAUGCAAUGCCAACGGAGGAUGUGAAUGGUCGUGACGGAGGCACGACUGCUAGACCUUCUCUUAACUUUGACGUAUGUAAUGCUCGUGUGGAUGGUUCAUGAGUGCUGGCUCAUAAGCAUACAGCCUAACUCGCCAAUCCCUACCCG